UCGCAUUUAACAGCGCUUGGUAGACGUGAGUUUUCCAUCAGUGAGACAGGGCUUGCUACACGAUAGUGAAAACUCCGCUUUGUCUGAUGGAAGUUCUCUACGUUGGCUGAAGUGCUGACUGACCGAGACUUCCCGACAGAUUUGUCAACGACAACAACGAGUAAAGACUGUGGUGGUCAGUGAAGGCAUAAAAUGGCGUAAACGGGCGACCACAAAGUGAUGCUGUCCUUCCUUCAAUUCUCAAGAUAAGUUCAACUUUGGCGUUGAUAGCAACUUCUUCGCAGUUCAAGAGCUUCAAUGCGAGAGAAAAGAUGUUUCUUUGUACUGCUAGCCGGCAUAUUCCUUCUGAGCUACAGCGUCUUUUAUACAUGGAGAGCUUUCCAGCUACUUAAGUAUGGCGAGAACUCGCUACAUCAUCACUUUAUUGCGGAACCACCGUUUGAUCUGCCACAAAGAAGUUUCCUCACGGGAGGUAUAGGCACACCAGAAGCUCCCGCUGUGACCAACGAACCAACAAGGGGAUCAGCAGAUACAAGUGACUCUUCUUUAGAAAGACUUCUCCCCGCUGCGUUUAGAGCUGCGCUUGAAAUGUACCCUGUCGUCCCAGCAGCGGAUGUCAAAAUAGUCGUGAUCAUCGCCUAUUACCGGUCUGGGUCAUCCUUUGUUGGCGAAUUGCUGUCUUCUGCGCCACGUACAUUCUUCCACUUUGAGCCUCUUAUGCCGUUCACUGUCAGCGGCAGCAUACGACCAGGAAGACAGCGCCACGCUUUCCAUCUGCUCGACGAGCUUGUCAGGUGCCGCUUCGAGCCGCUCUACACCGUGUGGCUGGAGAACAACCCUUACUACAAGUACAACCACUUCUUGGCCGACGUCUGCGAAGGCGGAGAGUCAUGCUCUUCACCAGGUCACCUCUCUGCGCUGUGUUCAAGAGCGGAAACGCAAACUUUCAAGUUCACAAGACUUCGCGUCAGUCAGGUAGAAUCCUGGAUUCAGCGAAACCCGGACAUUGCGCAGUCAGUUCGCGUGGUCCAUCUGGUGAGAGACCCGCGGGCCAUCUACUCUUCUAGAAGAGGUCUGCGCUGGUGCACUGACUACAAGCCCUGCGACAGCGCGGCUGCCUUAUGCAGCCAGAUGCGAUCAGACUUAGAUGCAUUCGAGGAGCUCACCCGCCGACUGCAGAUAAACAGAACGUACCAGAUACGUUUCGAAGAUCUCGCCGCGGACCCCCUGAAUGAGACGAUGCGCUUGUUUGGCCGACUGGGUCUAAACUUUUGCGCCAUCGAUUUCGAAAUACAUUGAAACCCACACGUCGGCAGAUGCAGUGGAAAUGAAAAACGCUCAUUCGACGAAGAGAAACACGAAGGCGGUUGCACACAUGUGGAAGCAGAAGCUGUCGAUGCAAAAGAUACGUGAGAUUGAAACGACGUGCAGUGAUGUUCUUCAAAGGCUUGGUUACAACGUCCUGCCGACAAGCGUGAAAGUAGCAAAAAAGUAACGAAAGAAUGCUGAUUUCGCAACCUAAAACUUUUUGCACGUUCGGCACGCUAUGCACCCACAAUGUAGAAGCCUAAAUUGCGACGAGAUUCCCUAGCCUGUGUUGAUGGCGUCAUUGAAAGAGUGAUCUAAGUGCUAUGUGAAAAAUGUCUAUUCGCAGUGUAUUAAAAAUCUACGAAGCCACGCUUUAAUCUGUAAUGUGUUCGUUGGAUACUGCAGGGACUGCCGCAGCAUUACAGAUUAAGUAUGUGCAAUAUGAGCGGUUAUGCUACGACGACGCACUACUGUAAGCAUUGGAGCAG